GACGCUUAUCAUGACGACCGGAAAGUUUGAUCGUGAAUCCUUUUCUCCGCAAUAACGACCUAAGUGAUGUAAGAGCCGCGUCAAUCCAUGCCAGACCUUAAAUGUAACGCAUAUCGGCAUUAUGGACCGCAGAUGAAAGCCGCAUCCAACACUAUUUGUCUUCGGCCUUGCGGUUUGAUAUCCUCCGCGACUUCCGAGUCCAGAUUUUUGCCGAAUAAGCAUUGAACAGGUUGCAUAACACUAGCAUGGGAAAACCGAAAGACUUCGAGGUGGCGAUCAUAGGCGGCGGCAUAGCAGGCCUGACCCUGGCCAUAGCGCUCUAUCAUCGCCAGAUCCCUGUCACCAUCUAUGAGCAAGCACCGCGAUUUGGAGAAAUUGGCGCUGGCGUGUCAUUUGGUCCCAACGCGGUUAACGCGAUGAAGGUGUGUCAUCAGGGUAUCUAUGAAGCAUUCGAGAAAGUCUGCACGCGGAACCUAUGGCCAUCGAAAGAGAAAGUCUGGUUUGACUAUCUCAACGGCCAAGAGGAUCCCCAAAGAGGACAGAAGGCGCAGGAUAUUCUCUUCACCAUUACCAACAGCAUAGGCCAGAAUGGGGUCCAUCGGGCACGCUAUCUUGAUGAGAUGGUUCACCUUUUGCCUACCGAGAUCGCUCGAUUUGGCAAGCGACUGAAGAAUAUCGAGCAGAAUGACAGUGGCAGGCUAGUGAUGCAAUUUGAAGAUGGGACCACCGCCGAAGCUGACGGAGUAAUUGGUUGUGAUGGAAUCAAGUCCACAGUCCGGCAGAUCAUUGUCGGGUCUGAUCAUCCCUCUGCACAUCCGGUUUACACCUACAAAUACGCGUAUCGUGCCCUUGCCACUAUGGAGCAGGCGAUUGAAGCUGUUGGAGAAGAGGUCGCACAGAACUCGUGCAUGCAUAUGGGUCGUGAUGGACACGUACUCACGUUUCCGGUGAACCAUGGCCAAACACUCAAUAUCGUGGCCUUCCGGACAACUUCGGACGACUGGCCUGACUUUCAACACCUGACAAAACCAGGGAAGCGUGAAGAUGUGCUCCGAGAUUUCUCAGAAUUUGGCUCCAACGUCAAGAAUUUAUUGAGACUCACGAAGCCUGAUCUGGACAUGUGGGCUAUUUUCGAUUUGGGCGAUCAUCCAGUCCCAACGAUGUGUAAAGGCAGGAUCUGUAUUUCUGGAGAUGCCGCACACGCGACAAGCCCUCAUCAUGGUGCAGGAGCAGGAAUGUGCAUUGAAGACAGUGCCGUUCUAGCUGAAUUGUUAGCCGACGAACGCGUCCAGAAACCACAAGAUCUCGAAGCCGUUUUCGCCACUUUCAAUGCCGAAAGGAAAGAGAGAGGCCAAUGGCUCGUGCAGAGCAGUCGCUACAUGGGUGAUUGUUAUGAGUGGCGGGCAGAAGGGAUCGGUAGAGACUUUGCUAAGAUCGAGGCGGAAAUCAAGGAGAGAGGCGCAAUCAUAUCUGAAGUCGAUGUACCCAAGAUGUGUGAGAAAGCAAAGGAGGAGUUGGGCAAGAGACUGUCGAAAUCAAGCCUCUGAGCCUCCGAUAUUACCUAGGCCGUGAAGCACACGUCCAGAGCAGUGACAUAUGCUCAAUGUGUACAUUUCGACUGUUUCUAACGACGCGUCCGAGACCGGGGAGGAGAGCCUUCUGCUCGGAUCCUGUUAGACCGUAUGCGCUUCGGAGGACAAGAACGCCAUGAAGCCAGGCAAAACAUCGUUCUGCAAUAUAUUUGAAGAUGUCUCCAGAUAUCAUGCACUCCUAAUUCAGAA